AGAGUUUUAUUGAGAAGUGGAGCUGAUGAACUACAGAACAGCACAGCUUUUCUAAGUACAUCCAGGAAGAAGAGAAGAUGUCAGAUGAGAACGGUUUAGUGCAGCCAGCUGAUCUGAGGAUAGUUCUGGUGGGGAAGACUGGAGCAGGGAAGAGUGCAACAGGUAACACCAUCCUGGGGAGAAAGGUGUUUAAUUCUAAGUCAAGUCCAAAUCCAGUGACUGAACAGUGUGAGAAACAAAGUGUAGUGGUGGAUGGGAAGAAGAUUGAUGUCAUCGACACUUCUGGGAUUGGUGACAUAUUAUUGACAGAAACAUAUUUGAUUAAGAAAAUAUGGAAACAGUUUUCUGGAAAAGAUAAAGUAGAAAUAGAGAGAUGCAUCAAGAUGUCAGUCCCAGGACCCCAUGUGUUCCUGCUGGUGAUCAGACUGGAUAGAUACACACAGGAGCAAAGGAAAGCUGUGGAGUUCAUCCAGGACAACUUUGGAAAAACGGCCUCAGACUACACUAUGAUAUUAUUCACUGGUGCAGAUCAGCUGGAUGACACAACAGCAGAGGAGUUUCUGAGGGAGAGCGAGAGUCUUCACACACUGGUCAACAGCUGUGGAGGCAGAUAUCAUGUCUUUAACAACAGAGAGCGGAGAGACCGUACCCAGGUCAGAGAGCUGCUGAUGAAGAUAGACAGUAUGGUGAAGUUCAACGGACACUACACCAAUGAGAUGUAUGUGAAGGCUCAGGAAGAGAUCAGGAACAGACAGUUAUUGGAGUUGGGUAAACAAGCAGCUAUAGGAGCUAUAGGAAUUGGCUGCACAACUACAGGAGUAGGACUAGGUCUUAUCGCAGCCCCAAUAAAAGCUGUAGUUGGAGGGAAAGUGAUAGCAGGAGGAGCAGCAACAGCUAUAGCAGGAGGGAUAACUCAACUUGUAAUCAAGAAGAAAAUCAAUACAUAACUGCAGGGUUAGUGUCUGUAAAUAAGGCCUGAAGGACCAAAAUUAUUAUUGCUUUACCUUUGAUUUAUUAUUUCUUUGAUAUGGUUUAACCUUUACCCUCAUGUGGUUAUGUCACUGCAUUUAACCAAAUGACUAAAUCAUUCAUUAAAGUUAUUAAGUUAAUUAUUGUUUUACUUCACAUAAAGGAAGAGACAGUACAUUGGUACAACAUGGCUUCCAUACCUGAUGUUUUGAAGCUGUAAUCAUGGUUGUAAUCUAGUUUAAUGUGCUGCUCACUAAUCACAUUUAUUUAUAGUCUUUUGUUAUGUACUUUUAACAUGGUGUUAGGUAGUGAUGGGCACUGAUAUGGAACAUCUAUAUCGACGUCAGUUGUAUUGUUUCUAACCUACCCAACCAGUUGUAUUACAAUAUGAAGCUUGUUGAUGGCCAUCAGCAGGCAGCAGUAAGCUAA